AUGCAGAACGAUGAGGACGGCGCCUACCUCAACGCCCAUCUCCUCCUCACCUCCUCCUCCUCCUCCAUGUCCACGUCCACCACGGUGACGGUGACCACGCGCGGUGGUGCCUUCACCAGCACCAUCUCCCUGGGCCCCGGCGCCGCGGUUCCCCUCCGCCUCCCACCCGACGUGGAGCUGGUGGGCAACCAACUCUCCGACAAAGCCGUCUCCAUCCAGGCCACCAACGACAUCUCCGUGGUGGCCACCAGCACCAAGAGGCUCACGACCGGCGCCACCGUGGUGCUACCCAUGGAGAUGUUGGGCCGCAGGUACUACGUGGUGACACCGGAGGGCACCAAAAGAGCCGGGCUCAAGGAGCUGGUGGUGGUGGCCGGAAGGACCUCGACCACCGUCACCAUCAAAGCCAAGGGGAGGUUCUACUACCGAGGGAGGAGCUACUCCACCGGGAGCAUCCUUCGCGUCUCCUUGGGGUCCUACCACAGCUUCCAGCUCCAGAGCCGCUCCGACCUCUCCGGCACCGAGGUCACGUCGGACAACCCCAUAGCGGUCCUCAGUGGCCACAGCUGUGUCAAGGUCCACACGGGGUGCGACCAUGCGGUGGAGCAGCUUCUGCCCGUUGAGGCCUGGGGCAAGGUCUUCAUCGUCCCUCCCGUCCCGCUGCAGAAGGACACGGACUUGGCCUACGUGGUGGCAGCGGAGAGGACCUCCCUUAGCUACAAUAGGGGCAACGCGGUUGCCACCGAGGUCAUGGUGGCCGGGCAGGUCCGUAGGGUCAAGGUGGGCCCAAGCUCUCCCCUCCAUCUCAAUGCUUCAGCUGGGGUCCAGGUGGUUUUCUUCUUCACCGGCUCCAAGAAGGGCUCCAUGAAGCGAGAUCCCUUCAUGGUCACCAUCCAACCCGUGGCCACCUACUGCAAGUCCUACCGGGUCAUCGGCAUGGCCGGCUAUGAGAACCACGUUGGCCUCGUGGCGCCCAGCGUGGACACCAGCUCCAUAACACUCAACCAGGGGAUGGAGAGGACCAUACCCUGGCAAAGCAUCCCCGACACGGAGCUCUCCUGGGCCACCAUCACCAUGAGCAAAGCAGGGGAGAUCCAGAGCGUGGAGCACCCGAGGACACCUUUUGGGCUCCUGGUCUUUGGCUUCCAGAACUACGCUGGUUAUGGCUUCAGUGGCCUCUGUGCCACCGCUUCUCCUCCUCUUUCAUGCCAAGACCUGGCCUGCAAGGACAAGUGUGUGAUGGUGGACGGGCAACCUAAAUGUGUCCAGGAGACCUUCUCAACCUGCUGGGCCACCGGCGACCCUCACUAUAGGACCUUCGAUGGGCACCCCUUUGACUUCAUGGGCACCUGCACCUACACCUUGACCAAGACCUGUGACCCGGACCCAACCCUGCCCAUCUUCAGCAUCGAGGCCAAGAACGAGCACCGGGGCAACCUGAAGGUCUCCUAUGUUGGUUCCAUCACCAUCCGUGUCUAUGGCGUGACCAUCGUGGCGGUCAGGUCGGAGAACGGCAUGGUGAGGGUCAACAACCACCGCUCCCACCUCCCCAUCACCCUCUCCGAUGGGAAGCUCCACCUGCGGCAACGGGGCCGCUCCAUGCUGCUUCAGACAGCCUUCAAGCUCAAGGUCCUCUAUGACUGGGACGCCCGCGUGGCGCUGAGGCUCCCCAGUGCCCUCAAUGGCAAAGUGUGCGGCCUGUGCGGCAACGCCAACGGUGACCCCCAAGAUGACGCCCUCAAACCUGAUGGAGACGCGGCCCAGGACGCGGUGGAGCUGGGGGCGAGCUGGAAGGUGGCCAAUGAGAGCCGUCGUUGUUGGGAUGACUGCAGUGGGGCCUGUGAGCGGUGCCAAUGGGAUGAGGUGGCCCGGUACCAGGAGGAGAUGUGGUGUGGGAUGAUGACCCAAGGCACGGGGCCCUUCUGGAGGUGCCACGCCACCAUCAACCCCAAGGUCUACGUGGACAACUGCGUCUAUGACCUGUGUGCCAACGGUGGGCUCCAUGCCAUGCUGUGCCAAGCCCUCGAAGCCUAUGCAGAUAGCUGCAGAGAGGAAGGGGUCACCAUCGGGGACUGGAGGACACCGGCGCGGUGCCCCCUCCCCUGCCCCAUGAACAGCACCUACACCUCUUGUGGCACCCCCUGCCCCACCACCUGCAACCCCACUGCCCUCCCACCCACCUGUGACCCCACGACCUGCGUUGAGACCUGCGAGUGCCACCAGGGCUUCGUGCUGGACCUCAACGACUGCGUCCCCCAAACCGAGUGCGGUUGCGUCUUCGAGGGCCUCCUCCAUGGUCCCCACGAGGUCUUUUGGGGCGACACCAACUGCACCCAACGGUGCCGCUGUGACCCCGAGCUCCAAGGGCCCCGGUGUCAAUGGUCCAGCUGCAGCCAUGGGGAAGAGUGCCGGGUGGAAGGGGGCAUCCAAGGCUGUUACCCCAAGAGCUAUGGGACCUGCUCUGCUGUUGGGGCCACCCAUUAUGAGACCUUUGAUGGUGGGAGCUUCACCUUCCGAGGGUCCUGCCUCUACCAGCUCGCUGGGUUGUGUGGGACGAGGCAGGAGCUGGUGGACUUCCAGGUGUUGGUGCAGAACGGGCACGAAGAGGAGGAGCUGUCCUCCAUCGCGCUCGUGAUGGUUGAGGUCUAUGGCAAGACCGUCGCCAUCAAGAGGGACCACCCUGGUAAAGUCAUGAUCAACGACCGCUUGGUCAACCUCCCCUACCACCACCCGGAGCAGAAGAUCUCCAUCUCCAGAGGUGCCCAAGGGGCCGUGGUGGAGACCGACUUCGGCCUCACCGUCACCUACGAUUGGCAAAGCCAAGUCCUGGUCUCGGUGCCCAGCACUUACUCCGAUGCCUUGUGUGGCCUCUGUGGCAACUACAACGGCAACCGGGAGGAUGAGGUGAUGAUGGUGAUGAUGAUGAUGAAGAACAGCAGCGUUGGCGCCUCUGGAGCCCACCUCAAGGUGAUGGACAUCCCAGGGUGCGUGGAGCUCUUCAACGUGGAGUGUCCCCAUAGGGGGCAACAGCAAGGAGAAGACUCCGAGAUGGGUUGUGGGCUCCUCAAGCAAACCCAGGGCCCUUUUGGAGCUUGCCAUGCCCAUGUAGAUGCCACCAGGUUCUUCCAGAGCUGUGUCCAUGAUUCCUGCCUCUUCCCGCAUCGGGACGGGGUGGCGUGUCCCAUCCUGGCCCAUUACGCUGCCGCCUGCCGAGCUGCUGGUGUCCCCAUUGGGAUGUGGAGGACCGAGGACUUCUGCAAUAUCUCCUGUCCUCCACGAAGCCACUACGAGCUCUGCUCCGAGGCCUGCUCCCAGACCUGCAGCUCCAUCCACACCUCCACAAGGUGCCCCACGAGGACCCAGUGCCACGAGGGUUGCGUCUGCGACCAAGGCUUCGUGCUCAGCGGUGACGAAUGCGUCCCCAUGGCCCAGUGUGGUUGCCACCAUCAGGACUUCUACUACAAGGCCAACGAGACCUUCUACCCCUCCAUGCAGGAGGAGUGUCACUGCCAGGCCGGUGGCACCGUGGACUGCCAGGAGACCUCUUGUCCCAUUGAUGGGGAAGGAGAAGUCAUCAAUGGGGUCUUCCAAUGCCCAUCUACUGCCCCAGGGACCUGCGUGGCCACCGGGGACCGCAGCUACGUGUCCUUUGAUGGGGUGGCUUUCAACAUGUCCGGUACCUGCUCCUAUGUCCUCGCUGAGACCUGCUCUGGUGACCUGGACUCCUUCGUGGUGAAGGUCCAGAAGGAUGCUCGGCAGAAGAAGAAGGCCUCCAGCAUCCAAACGGUGACCAUUGAGGUCCAUGGGCUCACGUUGACCUUGAUGCAAGGCAGGAGGAGUGUGCUGGUGGACUCCAUAUCCCACCACCUCCCAUCCAUCCUAAGCCAUGGGCAGGUUGAGGUCCACCAGCACGGGGUGGGCGUCCUGCUCCGCACUGACUUCGGCCUCCUGGUUCGCUAUGACCUCCUCCACCACGUCCUGGUCACGGUGCCCCCCGGCUACCGAGGCCACCUCUGUGGGCUCUGUGGCAACUACAACGGCCGAGGAGACGACGACCUCCUCCUCCCUGAUGGCCACCAGGCUCCCAACGCUACGGCCUUGGGCUCUGCAUGGAAGGCCCUCGAUGCACCUUGCCUUGACCAUUGCCCCGAGGACCAUUGCCCCACCUGCCCGGAGGAGAAGAUGAGGGUCCUCCAGAAACCCAACUACUGUGGCCUCCUCAUGGUCCCCAUGGGACCUUUUGCCUCCUGCCACCACCUCAUUGACCCGGACCCGUACCUCCAGGCGUGUCUCCAUGAUGUCUGCCUUGCCGACGGGGACACCGGUGUCCUCUGCAGGAGCAUCCAGAGCUACUCCAUCGCUUGCCAGGAUGCUGGUGGCACCAUCGAGGCUUGGAGGAAACCGUCCUUGUGCCCCCUCAAGUGCCCACCCAACAGCAGCCACUCCCUUUGCCCCGAGCUCUGCACCCAGAGCUGCUCAAGCCUUGGAGAUGCCUCCAGGUGUCCCCAGGGCUGCAUGGAAGGGUGUCAAUGCCACCACGGGUACGUCUCCGAUGGCCACGGCUGCGUCCCUGAGGAGCGCUGCGGGUGCUUUGUGGAUGGGGAAUACUACAAGCCCCACGAGGUGGUCCUGAAGGAGAGCUGCCACCAGCGCUGUUCCUGUGUCCCUGGCCAAGGCUGGGCCUGCAGCAACCACAGCUGCACCGAGGACGAGGCCUGCGAGGUCAAGGACGGGACCAUGGGGUGCAUCAACCAAAACCCUUGCAAAGCCCUUCGGUGCCGACCCAAGGAGCGGUGCAAGCUGAAGGACGGCCAAGCCAAGUGUGUCCCAUCCAUGGUUGCCACCUGCUGGGCUUGGGGGGAUCCCCAUUACCACACCUUUGACGGGCUGGACUUUGACUUCCAAGGGACCUGCACCUACACCAUGGUGGAGACCUGUGGGAAUGACACCUCCUUGGUGCCCUUCAAGGUGGAGAGCAAGAACAACGUCCGGGGGGGGGUGAGAUCCAUCUCCUACGUCAGCUUGGUCAAUGUCGAGGUCUAUGGUCAGCGCAUCUCCAUCCACCAGAAGGAAGUGGGCAAAGUCAGGCUGGACGGCGUCACCACCCUCCUCCCGGUCACCCUGGAGGCCACCAAGCUCCGCCUCUUCCAGAGCGGCCUCAGCGCCGUGGUGGAGACCGCCUUUGGCCUGAGGGUCACCUACGACUGGAACUGGCGCCUCCUCAUCGACCUCCCCAGCACCUUCUAUGGCCACACUUGCGGCCUCUGCGGCAACUUCAACCUCAGGCCGGAGGACGACGUCCCCCAUGGUGGCACCAACCUCACCUCCGUGGUGGCCUGGGCCCAGGCUUGGGAGGUCCUCGAUGGGCAGGAGGAGGACCCCUUCUGUUGGCACCACUGCGAGGGAGAGUGCCCCUUGUGCCAGGAGGAGAAGAGGGAGCUCUAUGGGGGCAACCGCUACUGCGGCCUCAUCAAGAAGAGCUUCCAAGGGCCCUUCGAGGCGUGCCAUGGGGUGGUCCCACCACAGGACUUCUACAGCCACUGCCUCUAUGACGUGUGCAUGGGCGAUGGGGCCAAGCAGAUCUUCUGCCCCGUGCUGGAGGCCUAUGCGGCCAUCUGCAGGAAGCGUGGGGCCACCGUGCGGGACUGGAGGACGCCAUCGGGUUGCCCCCUACCAUGCCCCGAGCACAGCCACUACGACCCCUGCGGCACCUCCUGCCCGGCCACGUGCUCGGACCGAGACGCUCCCACCUCCUGCAGCCAGCCCUGCGUGGAGACCUGCGCUUGCGACCAGGGCCACGUCCUCAGCGGUGGCCAAUGCGUGCCGGUGGCCAGCUGUGGUUGCACCCACGAUGGACGUUACCACCCCCCCGGCGAGGAGUUCUGGGCCGACGAGCGCUGCAGCCUCCGGUGCCGCUGCCACGCGGCGCUGGCCAUGGUGGUGUGCGAGGAGGUGGCCUGCAAGCCCGGCGAGGCCUGCUCCCUGGUCAAGGGCGUGAGGAGGUGCGUGGCCACCAGCAGGUCCGUCUGCGUGGCCACCGGGGACCCCCAUUACACCACCUUCGAUGGGCGCCGCUAUGACUUCAUGGGGACCUGCACCUACCGCUUGGUCGCCCUCUGCUCCCAGGACCCGACCCUGGUGCCCUUCGUGGUCACCGUGGAGAACAGCAACAGGGGCAGCCCCGUGGUCUCCUACACCAAGGAGGUCACCUUGGAGGUCUACAACGUGAGCCUGGGCCUCAGCCAGGAGCACCCCAAGAAGGUCAAGGUCAACGGCGUCCUGGUGGAGCUCCCCUUUGAGCACAGCGAGGAGCUCCGGGCCCACCUCAGCGGCUUCCACGGCUUCAUCACCACCGCCUUCGGCCUCACCCUCACCUUCGAUUGGCGCAGCCACGCCAGGGUCCUCCUCCCCAGCGCCUACGCCGGCGCCGUCUGCGGCCUCUGCGGCAACGCCAACGGGGACCCCGAGGACGACCUGGUUCUGCCCAAUGGGGACGUGGCCACCAACGAGACCCAG